CUAAAGAUUGAAUUGAACGCGCUGAGGGAUCGGCUCGAUGAAGAAAGACGCAAGCUGGACGAGAGAGCAAGUAAGCUGCACAUUGACGAGAUCCGGCUGGAAGAGACCAGGAAACAUCUGGACAUCGUUCGGUAA